AUGGAGCGGGACAGAAGGUGCCUGACUGCCUCGGCCACGUCUCCCCUCCAGGGCCGCCUCCCGGGCCUCAGGCUCUGCUGCGCCUUCCUGCUCUGGCUGAGCGUCCUGGCGGCCAGCUGGAUGGUGUACCUGCACUACUCAUCCCACUCGGAGCUCUGCCGCGGCCACGUCUGCCGUCUGCUGAUUUGUGACCAGUACCGCAAAGGCAUCAUCUCGGGCUCCAUCUGCCGGGACCUGUGUGACCUGCACACGGUGGAGUGGAGGACCUGCCUGUCCUUGGCCCCUGGGCAGCAGGUCUAUCUUGGGCUAUGGCAGGGCCAGGAGGUCAUUAUCAAAUGUGGCAUCGAGGGGGUGGGGCCGGACGCGGUGCCCCUGCGGGAGCUGGUGCUCUUUGACAAGCCCACCCGGGGCACCUCCAUGAAGGAGUUCCGGGACAUGACCCUCGGUUUGCUUAAGGCAACCCUGGGAGACCUGCCAUCCCUGCCCGAGCUGGUGGGGCAGGUCCUGGCCAUGGCGGACUUCAACGAGGACAGCCGGCUGUCGCUGGCCGAAGCCAAGUCCGUGUGGGCGCUGCUGCAGCGCACCGAGGCCCUGCUGCUGCUGGCCCUGCAGGAGAAGGGCCACACGGCGCGGCUCCUGGGCCACUGCGGGGACCUGUACCUCACCGAGGGCCGCCCGCACGGCUCCGCCCAGGCCACCAUGCUGCCCGCCGGGCUGCGGCCUCUGCUGCCCACGGCCCUGCUGCACGCCCUGCAGCAAUGGCUGGGCCCCGCAUGGCCCUGGCGGGCCAAGGUCGCCGUGGGGCUGCUGGAGUUCCUGGAGGAGCUCUUUCAUGGCACCUACGGGACCUUCUACCUGUGCGAGACCACGCUGGCCCACGUCGGCUACACCGCCGGCUACAGCUUCAAGAUGACGGACCUGCAGCAGGUGGCGCCCGAGGCGGCCGUGCGGCGCUUUCUGCAGGGCCGCCGCUGUGAGCACAGUGGGGACUGCACCUACGGGCGUGACUGCCGGGCGCCCUGCGACCGCCUCAUGCGCCAGUGCAAGGGCGACCUCCUGCAGCCCAACCUGGCCAAGGUGUGCGAGCUGCUGCUGGACUACCUGCUGCCCGGCGCCCCUGCCGCCCUGCGGCCCGAGCUCAGCCGGCAGCUGCGCACCUGCACCACGCUCAGCGGGCCGGCCGGCCAGGUGGAGGCGCGCCACGCGCUAGUGCUCAGUCACCUCAAGGGCCUGCUCUGGAGGGAGAUCUCCUACGGCCAGUACUCCUAG